GCCUCACUCCAGCAGUACCGCAGUAAUGCUGGCUCCCCAGCCAACCAGUCUCCCACCUCUCCUGUCUCCAAUCAAGGCUUCUCUCCUGGCAGCUCCCCUCAACAACAUCCCCAGCAUCAUCCUGACAGUGACAGGAGAAUCCCCCCCCAGCUUAUCAAAAGAACUGACCAGCUCCUUGGCAGGAGUGGGGGACGUCAGCUUCGACACGGAUUCCCAGUUCCCUCUGGAUGAACUCAAAAUUGACCCUUUGACCCUGGAUGGACUUCACAUGCUCAACGACCCCGACAUGGUCCUCACCGACCCCGCCACAGAGGACACGUUCCGCAUGGACCGGCUGUGACCCGGGGAGCCGCCACGUGGGGGCUUCACCCACCCUGGGGGCUGCAUCCCCACCUGGAGCCACCAUCCCGGGGCUGCAUCCAUCCUGGGGGCUCCCCCUGGGGCUGCAUCCCACCCUGGGGGCUUCAUCCCACCCCAGAGCCACCAUCCUGGGGGCUGCAUCCCACCCUGGAAGCUCCAUCCCACCCUGGGGCUCCAUCCCACCCGAGGGUCCAUCCCCCCCAGGGUCCCUCCUGGAGGGAGCAGCUCUCCCUGUCCCUGUCCCAUGGGUCCCCAGCUUGUUGUUCUGAGCUUGCCGCGCUGCCCAGCCCGUCCCAGCCGUGUCCCCCGAGCCGCUCGUUGCCGUCCAGCAGUCAGGAUUGUUCGGUUUGUCCCGGUGGUUUAUCCCGGUUUGUCCCGGUGGUUUAUCCCGGUUUAUCCCAGUGGUUUAUCCUGGUUUGUCCCGGUGGUUUAUCCGGUUUAUCCCGGUGGUUUAUCCCGGUUUGUCCCAGUGGUUUAUCCCAGUUUGUCCCGGUGGUUUAUCUGAUUUAUCCCAGUGGUUUAUC